AUGCCGAACUCCAGUAGGAGAUUGGAAAAGUAUGCAGAAGACAUCGUAUCCACCCUUCUGUACACGACCCUUCAAUCUGGUGGCAUCAGAUCAACUGCAGUUGACCAUGCCGCGUCCCACAUCGGUAAGGCGAGUGGGCUUCUCUUACUGCUCAGGUCAUUGUCGUGUCAUGCAAGAAAGAGCCGUCAGGGCUCGUAUAUACCAAUCGAGAUGGCGUUGAAACACAAGUUGUUGGUUAAAGAAGGGGGGAGGUCAUACGUUCAAUUCGAUUCACCGGGGGGAAGCUUGAGCGAUGCAGUGUUUGAGAUGGCGUCUGUCGCAAAUGCUCAUCUGGAGAAGGCUCGUCAGCUGGCUGGAACGAUGCCCGUUGAAGCUCGUCUAGUGUUGUUGCCUUCAGUCCUCGCCCAAGUUCUGUUGGAUACUCUGAAGAAAGUAGAGUUUAAUGUCUUCGAGCCAAUGUUGUCUCGUGGGAUUAUAUGCGUGCCACCUAUGUGGUACCAGAUAAAAGUAAAGUGGCAUUCAUGGCGGAGGAAAUACUGA